GGGCAGAGGGCAGAACCAAGGGAAGGGGACGCUGUCAGGCCCAGGCCCCUAAGGGGCCAGGGCCAGGCCACUGCCUGGGGCAUCAAGUACCAGCCACUGAAGGCAGCCUAAGCCGGGCGGGGCCCCUUCCUCUGCUGCGGCAGCCCCCCAUCAUGCAGCCACCGCUGGACCUCAAGCAGAUCCUACCCUUCCCACUGGAGCCUACCCCAACCUUGGGCCUCUUUGGCAACUACAGCACAAUGGACCCUGUACAGAAGGCUGUGCUCUCCCACACAUUUGGGGGACCCUUGCUCAAGACCAAGCGACCCGUCAUUUCCUGUAAUGUCUGUCAAAUUCGCUUCAAUUCCCAGAGCCAGGCUGAGGCGCACUACAAGGGUAAUCGCCACGCCCGACGAGUCAAAGGCAUCGAGGCCGCCAAGACCCGAGGCAGGGAGCCUGGUGUCCGGGAAUCAGGAGACCCAGCUCCACCAGGCAGCAACCCCCCAAGUGGGGAUGGUGUAGCCCCUCGUCCAGUUUCCAUGGAGAAUGGACUGGGUCCAGCCCCAGAAUCCCCAGAGAAACAGCCUGGCUCCCCAUCCCCUCCCAGUGUUCCAGAGUCUGGCGGGGGUGUAACCAAGGGUGAAGGGGGGACUCCAGCUGCAGCUUCCCUGCCUGGGGGCAGCAAAGAAGAGGAGGAGAAGGCCAAGAGGCUGCUCUACUGUGCACUGUGCAAGGUGGCUGUGAACUCCCUGUCCCAGCUGGAGGCACAUAACAAAGGUACUAAGCACAAGACAAUUCUAGAGGCCCGAAGUGGGCUGGGGCCCAUCAAAGCUUACCCUCGACUGGGGCCUCCCACCCCGGGAGAGCCAGAGGCUCCUGCCCAGGAUCGAACCUUCCACUGUGAGAUCUGCAACGUCAAGGUCAACUCGGAGGUCCAGCUGAAACAACACAUUUCCAGCCGGCGGCACCGAGAUGGCGUGGCCGGGAAGCCGAAUCCACUACUGAGCCGUCACAAGAAGCCUAGAGGCGCCGCGGAGCUGCCGGGCACACUGACUUUCUCCAAGGAGCUGCCCAAGUCACUGGCCGGCGGCCUGCUCCCCAGCCCCCUGGCGGUGGCUGCGGUGAUGGCGGCAGCAGCCGGCUCCCCGCUGUCCCUGCGCCCAGCUCCGGCAGCACCUCUUCUGCAGGGACCGCCGAUCACCCACCCUCUGCUCCACCCGGCCCCUGGCCCCAUCCGAACUGCGCACGGACCCAUCCUCUUCUCCCCCUACUGACCUCAACCCUGAACCCCUCCCGUUGAGCCCCCCACCUCCAGCCGGGACCCAGGCCUCCGGGCUCCCAGCCCGCCCCUCCUCCCGGCGCUCCCUGAAUGGUCUCUCCUUCCCCCCCACCCCGAGGUACGGGGUUCCAGGAAAGGGGAGGGGUAGCGGGGGAGGGGGGCUUCAGAAGGGGGGGAACACCCCAGAUCUCAGGGAACCCCGCCCCCUGCCCUUCCCUCGCCCCUAGAAAAGGGGGGGCGUCUCACCCCCGAGCCCCCUCGGAGACACCCCCCCUCCCAAAAGCCAUGUCCAUCCAGCCCUUCCCCUCCAAACCUAGCACAAACGGGGUUCACAAGCCAUGGUCGGGGCCCGGGGGUGGGGGAGAAAAUGGAUUUCUUGGCAAUAAGCGACUCUGGGACUCCGGCCCCCUACCCCAAACUGAAGCGCUUCCGUGAACACCCCCGUCCUCCGCAGGGGGAGGGGAGCAGGCGGGAUCCCGGGUCCCUCUUACGCACUUUGGUUUUACCGCCUGCAACCUCACUGUGCCCGCCCCGCACCACGCCCCAGCCCCAGGUCCAGCCGGGCCCAACGCCGGGGGCAGGACCUGGGGGCAUCUCAGCACUUGGGUGGGACCAAGGAGAUGCCCCCAUAGACCCUUCCCUCGCCUUCCUCCCCAGUCCGGGUUCCAUUCUUUUCACCAGCACCCAUCACCCAAGGGGUACCAAGGGGGGCAAGGGGUGUCCAGUCCAAGCCCACCCCCGCCUCGCCUUCCGCAAAACUGUGAGCAAAAAGCAAUAGCCUCGCCCCCGCCCCUCCCCUUUCCGCAGGAUUCGCCGUAUGUAGCCUCCCCCCUUCUCAGCUCCUAGACCUCAUGGCUGUCCCCUCCCGUGACACCUCCACUGCACAACUCGGGCGGGGGCGUGACCCCCAAACCCACCCUUCCGUGGUUUCCGUGUGGUCAGCCCUUCCAGCCGCCGACCUGGGACGGGGACAGGCCCCCACUGGCCCUCCCUUCCCCAUCGACUCUAUCUGCUUGACGAUGUAGCAACCCAGUCUCCCCGACCCCUCGCCGUUCCCUUUUCCCUCUCCUUGACAAUAAAGUCUGGAUUCGUUCUGCCCUCCGCG